AUGACGCUGCCGGAGAAUUCGACCUACUAUAAUCCUGUUCUCCCUGGCUGGCAUUCCGAUCCGUCUUGCAUUCAGGUCAACGGCACGUUUUAUUGCGUCACAUCAACUUUCAUCUCCUUCCCCGGUCUGCCCAUCUAUGCGUCAAAGGACUUGGUCAAUUGGAAGCACGUUAGCCAUGUGUGGAAUCGCGAGUCUCAGCUCCCAGGCUAUAGCUGGAUCACCGAGGGCCAGCAAGAUGGCAUGUACGCUGCCACCAUCCGCUUCAACGAUGGCGUGUUCUACGUCAUCUGCGAGUAUCUUGACGCGCCUGGAAAGGACGCCGGUGUUCUAUUCAAGUCGACGGACCCGUUCGACGAUGCGUCCUGGAGCAACGCAGUCACUUUCCCCGUUUCCAAGAUUGACCCCGAUCUAUUCUGGGACGACGAUGGAAAGGUCUAUGUUGCUACGCAAGGGAUCCAACUGCAGGAGAUGAACAUGAACACGGGCCGACUGGGCGUUGCCAGGGACUUGUGGCCUGGGACGGGCGGCGUCUGGCCGGAGGGCCCGCACAUCUACAAGAGAGACGGUUACUAUUACCUCAUGAUCGCCGAGGGAGGGACCGCCGAGGAUCACUCCAUCACCAUUGCUCGAUCCAGGAACAUCACCGGACCUUAUACGGCCCAUCCCAGAAAUCCCAUCAUGACUAACCGCGGAACGCAGGAAUAUUUCCAAACGGUUGGGCAUGGCGACCUCUUCCAAGACGCCCAAGGGAAUUGGUGGGGCAUGUGUCUAGCCACUCGCUCCGGUCCGGCUUAUAAAUCAUACCCGAUGGGCCGUGAGACGGUCCUCUUCCCGGUGACGUGGAACACUGGUGACUGGCCUAUUCUGCAGCCCGUCAGAGGCAGAAUGAGUGGAUGGCCCUUGCCCGAGCCGAGUCGCGACCUCCCCGGCGAUGGGCCUUUCAACUCCGAUCCGGAUGUGUACGAUUUCCCGCUUGGUGAGCCCAUCCCGCGCAACUUGGUUUACUGGCGUGUACCGCGGGACGGGGCUUUCACCGUCACGGACAAAGGCCUCCAGGUUGUGCUUGGGAGGAAUGACCUGGCCGGCUCGAAAGGGGGGGCGGAAUACGGCGCGAGGGCGAUUUCCUUCAUUGGCCGGCGGCAGACCCACAGUCUCUUCACCUUCAGCGUCGACUUGUCGUUCGCGCCGUGGAAAGCAGGCCAGGAGGCUGGUGUGACGGCAUUCCUGACUCAGGAGGCUAACAUCCAGCUCGGUGUCGUCAUCGUCGACUCGCAGCUGUCCUUCCGCUUUAAUGCCUCGGGCCGGACGAACACGACUGCCGUGCCCUCCGGGUGGGCAAACCAGCCGAUCCGGCUUCAGAUUCAAAUGGCCACCCCAGAUACGUACACUUUUGCAGCCAUGUUGGCAUCAGACACACGGAAGAAGGUUGUGCUUGGCACGGCGUCCGCAGAGCUAUUGAGCGGCGGCUCUGGGCCAUUUGUGGGCACCCUGAUUGGGGUUUAUGCCACUUGUAACGGGGCUGGAACGGGCUUAGACUGCCCCUCCUGUACGCCGAAGGCUUACUUCAACCGGUGGAGGUACACGGGGGCUGCGCAGUAUAUCUCGGCGACAGAGACGGUUCCGAGCCAAGUAGAUAUUUCAAAGUCGGUGGUGUAA